GCACCAUUUCAGAUAGCUUAAUUUUGUUUCCCCUAAAGAAAUUACUUUAUUUGAAUAAGGGAGUAGAAAUUAUUGUACUUGAAUAAAAAAGGAGAUUUGGUUGGUUUGUUCCCCUCAGGAUCCUAUUUUCUCCUCCAUGUAUGGUGAGACAGUUUUCCCAGUGGCUGAGAAAAUGGGAUGUAUUUAUCUCUUUUGCAGGAGGCUGCUGAACUAAGAAUGUCAGGGCAUGCUGAGGAUGGGAAAGUGAGGAAAGUGAUGAGCUCCAUGGCAGUGUGGGAACCCCAUAGAAAUGAAACUCAGUGGAGAAAGCUGCCCCUGCAGUGUCCCCACCACUGGGCUGUGCCUUUGCAGGGAGCUCCAGUCUGUAUUUUGCUGCUGAAGCGGGGUUGUGGCUGCCCUUCUGAUGACCUGACUUCACAAGUUGGCCUCCCUGCAGCCUGAGUUUUCCUCAGCAAGCUCAUUUUUUAGCAGGUGCACAGAAAAAAACCUUGAAGGCCAAUGUCUAAGGAGGCAUCUUAACCCAUUAAUAGAGAUAGCAAAGUCAAAGAGAACGGAAGCAUAAGAAUGACCAUUUAUUCAUUUUGCUGACAUAAAUGUUAUCCAUUGCUAUUCUGAAUUAGGGGAAGAGAGAUGUUCCUUAUGGUAGAUGCUUGUUCUGGUUACAUUUCCUUAGUGAAUGAGUUGGGGCCCUAAUGCUUUACAUCAGAAUGCAGAGAUCAAUGUGAGAAACAGGAUUUUUUUUUCCUGAAAAACCAUUUCCAAGAAAUGGUUUGAAAAAAACAUAAGUUCAUUCAUGCAGUUACACUGAUAAGAAAACAACAGUUAACUCUUUGGAAAGGCAUGGAAGGUUCCUGUUCUUUUAAUUUCUAUUUGCUCUGCAGCCUGUUUCACAUCCUCAGUGGCAACUGCAUGGUCAUUGCUGCUGCUGACUCCUGAGCAAGAUGAAAUCACACUGUUUGCAAUAGCAGUUUUCUUCAGAAAAUGGCUGUUCCACCUGCUUAUGCUGACCUGGGAAAAUCUGCCAGAGAUAUUUUCACCAAGGGAUAUGGUUUUGGGUUAAUAAAGCUUGAUUUGAAAACAAGAUCUGAAAAUGGACUGGAAUUUACAAGCUCCGGUUCAGCAAACUCAGAAACAAGCAAAGUCAGUGGUAGUUUGGAAACAAAAUACAAAUGGGUGGAAUAUGGACUGAUGUUCACAGAAAAGUGGAACACUGACAACACACUAGGCACUGAGAUUACUCUUGAAGAUCAGCUUGCACGGGGCCUGAAGCUGACCUUUGACUCCACCUUCUCUCCUAACACUGGGAAAAAGAGUGCUAAAAUUAAGUCGGGGUACAAAAGGGAACACAUCAACAUUGGCUGCGACAUGGAUUUUGACAUUGCGGGUCCUUCAAUACGUGGAGCUCUUGUGCUUGGCUACGAGGGGUGGCUGGCAGGCUACCAAAUGACUUUUGAGACAGCAAAGUCUAGAGUAACCCAGAGCAACUUUGCUGUUGGCUAUAAGACUGAUGAAUUCCAGCUUCAUACUAAUGUGAAUGAUGGAACAGAAUUUGGUGGCUCCAUUUACCAGAAGGUGAAUGAUAAACUGGAAACUGCUGUGAAUCUUGCUUGGACAGCUGGAAAUAGCAACACUCGCUUUGGAAUAGCAGCCAAGUAUCAGAUUGACUCAGAUGCCUCUUUUUCUGCUAAAGUGAACAACUCCAGUCUGAUCGGGUUAGGAUACACUCAGACUUUAAAGCCAGGUAUCAAACUGACGUUAUCAGCUUUGCUGGAUGGCAAGAAUGUCAAUGCAGGAGGUCACAAACUUGGUCUAGGAUUGGAAUUUGAAGCAUAAGGAGUGAUUUCACAAUUGCUAAUCUGAAAAUACAGCAUAGCUACCUUCAGAAAAUAGCAUACCUUUCAGUGUUUUGUCUGGGGUGCAAGUGUUGCUACGUAUCUGUCCUGCUAGUCCUGGUUAAAGACAGCUAAGCUUUAAAAAUGAUGUUGUUAAAGAAGUGGAGACAAAAUCACAAAUGAAAAAUCCUAGCUUUUUUUCCUUUAUGUAAUUGCUCAUUACAUCUGUCAAAUGCCAUGUGAUAAGAAGGAGGGUGUUGAUUACCUCUACUAAUAUAUUGAUGGCACAAGGAAUGUGUUAAUGUAUUAUAAAACAUGGGAAUUGCAGACCACUGUGUUGUACUGUUCAUUGUGUAAGCAAAAUGUUCAGUCAUCGAAGGUUUCAGUCAAUGAGGGAAUGUGCAAACUUGUCUGAAAAAAGGGAUUUUAAAAUUAAUUAUUUUAGAUAUGUGUUUCAUCAAUGAUUUGUCUUACUUGGUUAUCCCACACCUACUGCUGUCUCCAGAAUGCUUUAGGUUGUUCACCUUGUCCAAGUUUUUGUGGAGGAGAUUUGAUGUGAAUCAGCGAAUACUGCCUGUCCUGUGUUGUGAUUCCUCCCCCUUGCACUGAUGGAAAAUCUUGUAAAAUGGACAUAAUCAGGGAAGAGUCUUUGCAACUGCAAUCACAUAGUUGCAUCACUAAUUCUAAAAUGGAGUUUUCUUUUAUUACCACUUUUUUUUAGCAACUAAGUGGGUACAUUUUUAGAGAGUCUUCCAUUUUGUGUGGAACUAGACCUCAAAAUGCUGUACUUGACACUACUAAAAAUGGAUAAAAACCCUAAACCUGACUUGAAUAAAAUACUGAAAUGUCAUCUUU